GGAGAUCAUUUCAUUCUCCCCCUUAAGGGCAAAUUUGGGUUUCCUUUGACACAUUAACUUCGUAACUACUGAUAGUUUUCUCGAUGUGUCGGAUAUUUAUUGAGAAUUGGAUAUUAUGAACACCAGGAAAAGAAUACAAAAGGUUGAAGAUACCAGUCCUUGUUUGGAACGAAGAAUCGGCUCUUUAAAGGCUCUAUACAUUGUCUACGAUGCGGACGGAACAGUUCCAGGUGAAGUUCUUUAUCUACUUCGAAAGUGGUUUGGAAGGGGACAUUGUGCUGCGUGUGACAUCACUCACGGAGACAAAAAGGUGAAGCCUGAGUGGACCACGUUGCAAACAACUGGAUGGCUUGGAGUUCCCCUUUUCAACAUUCAUAGAGACGAAAUGGAUGCAAAGUUACGCACAGUCGUUAACACGGCCUUGCCUUGUGUUGCAGGAGAGACAGAUGACAGCCAAUACUUUUUGUUGCUUCGACCGGACGAUUUGGAAAGUUGUGUAGGAGACUUGUCCAAGUUACAAGAGAAGAUUAUUGAAGCUCUUCAAAGGUGUAGUUUCGAAGUUAGUUGGUAUCAAGCUGAUAAGGGGAAAGACGCUCACGUAGAAGCCUCUCCAGUCGAAGCUGAGAAUAGGCGCUUCGAACAAGAUGCCGUCGUUCCAGCGAAAAGCGGUGAUACUAGUUCCUAACGUUAUUAUUAAGCCGGAAUAUUUUUGAAGUUUGUAGUUUUCCUGCUCAUUUUUAUUCCAAGCGAAUGUUUGACAGGAAAAAUUUUUUAUAUUAUUUUAUGUUGAUACAGAAUAUGUAAAGAGGGAAAAAAAUAAGUAGAAAGCAAACGUUCGUUGAUGAUUCGUUUGUGU